AACCUCGUUACCUCGCCGGCUGGGACAAAAAGCACAAUCCAAAGCCUAAUUCGUCAUUUUCGCCAAAGGAGGAGAGAAAGGCGUUGAUUGGCGAGGGUGGAAAUAAGAUUUCGAAGAAAGGGAAGGAAUCUCUUGAUAAUUCCAAGAAUUAAUCGUGAAAUUAAUCUCGAGAUUUCGAUAUUUUGUACAGUUUUCUCUUUUUCCUUUUCGAUUCAUCCAAGGAUUGAAUAGAGAACUGGUUAAGAUGGAUUCGCUUUCUCGAGUGGAAAAUAUUUUCCGGGGGGAGGGGUGGGGAAUUUGAUCUCGUGAAAAUUAAUGGCCAAAUUAUUUUAAAAACUUGUUUUCGCGAUCACGGGCUCGAAAGAAAAUAAGAUGGGAGAAGUACAGUGACCCAGAAUGAAAUUAAAUGCAUCGAACGAGGGUCCGACGACACACACACAGAGGGUGCAAUUUUCGACGGUCAAAUGGACCGAAGGCUGCACAAGAGAGGCAAGCCUUUCUUUCGAAGACAGUCGUUGGUCCAGAAAAAUUACAAUUUCCGAGCGAAUAGGCUUGCUCAAUGGCUCGCGAAAGUCGAUUAACGAAGCUGACAAAGUGGUAGCUACGACGACCCUGCGACUCCUGACGUAUCUAUCCACCCUCGAGCUGCUAUUAAUAUUCCAAUUUAAUCGACGCUACUUCGCUCGUGGUCGUGUCGAUUAUAAUCCUUGGCAAGAUAAUCCUUCAACGAUCGAACGAUGGACAUCUUCUGUUUUUAAUUAUGUCGCGUUUGGGUGCAACCACGCUCGUUUCGAAUAUCGUCCGAGGAUUAAACAAUGCCGCACUGGAUGAAUUGCUUUAAACUUGGAGUUCGACUCGACUGUUACGUUCAGUGUGCAUGCACGCAAUGCACAACUCGAUUCUCCAAGAGAUAUUCGAGAUAUUUGACAAUGUGAACGAAAGAAACAACAAAGAUGCAUCGGAAGAGAUCGAUUGAUGUAUAUUUCUUAUAUUAAAUAAAAAACAAAACUGUCGGAGUUAAUAAAUGGUUACGCAACUUGAAAAUCACUCGGCAUUGUUGUCAUUACCAGCAAAUUGACUUCCUGGGAAAAGAUAAAUUUGUUGUUAAAAGAGCGUUAGAUAAACGAUUGGACGAGUGAUAACUAGAUAACGACACGACACCAAUUAUCAUCCGUCCAUCUUUGUACGACACCUCGAAGAAGAACACCACCACGGCCACGAAAAAUCCUUCCAUUGUUUCCGCUUGUUAUUCCCGCGGCGAAAAACAAAGGAAAAAUACAAGUUGCGAUCACACCACAAUGGAAAAAAUACGAUGGAAGGAAGAAUGAGAACGUCCGUGAUUCCCUUAUUAACCGAUCCCUCUCCAGUGCCACCUCCAGUUUUCGCGUAAUUCCAGCCGGGAUUAAAUAUCCGCGCGGUAUAAUGUCCAGUGUCAAAACGUCGGUGAACAUGAAGCAUCUUCUUCUCUUCAUCGCCAUUGCUCUCCUCGGCCUCUCCUUGGUCGGAGCAUUGUCGUCCGAAUACUCGAGCAUUUCUAGCGAUAGCAGCAGUCGGGAGAAACGUAGCCCUGACGAUGCUGGCCCUCCUCACGGUCCACCUCCGCACGGUCCACCUCCGCCCGGACCUCCUCCGUCUGGACCUCCUCCGUCGGGGCUCCCUUAUGAAGAUGACGUAAUCGAUCAGGGAACUCAAGGAUUGUCGAAUCUGGAGGAAUCGAGGAGCAAGAGAGCCGCUCAAAACAUGCCUAUGCCGGGUGGUAUGGGCGACAUGGGAGGUGGAAUGGGAGGUGGGAUGGGAGGUAGCGUUGGAGGUAGCAUUGGAGGUGGCGCGGGAGGUGGUGCAGGAGGUGGCGCGUCUCGGUUGAGGAGCAAGAGAGCCGCUCAAAACAUGCCUAUGCCGGGUGGUAUGGGCGACAUGGGAGGUGGGAUGGGAGGUAGCGUUGGAGGUAGCUUUGGAGGUGGCGUUGGAGGUGGCGCGGGAGGUGGCGCGUCUCGAUUGAGGAGCAAGAGAGCGGCUCAAAGUCCUAUGCGAGGAAGUAUGGACGAGAUGGGAGGCGACGUGCCAAAUAGGCCGUCUCAAGUGAGAAGUAGAAGAGCGGCGCAAAAUCCUGCUAUGCCAGGAGGAAGCGGCGGUAUGGGAGGUGGUGUGGAAGGUGGAGUUAGCAUGGGUGUUAACUUUGGAGCUGGCGCGAAAGCUGGUGCUGGUGGAAGUUCGGCAAACUAGGAACAACACUCGUUCACCAUGGUUCGUCAUAACUAUGAAACAGUUAUAAGUAGGAUCGUUUUAGAUAUGGUCAAGGGACUACUGUACGUAAUUUAGAUUAAAAUGUUGGAAUAAAUCGAUUUGAUAAAAGAAAAGAAAAGAAAAAAUUCUUCUUCGAGUUU